CGGGUCGAUCUAAACGUUUGGAAGGGCGCAGAUCGAUUUUCUGAAAAUGAAGGCCUUUUCCUUUUUGGGCUCUUUGGCAGUGUUGCCUUCUCUCUCGUGGGCUCUGCCCACUGAGGGUGUCUCUAGCAAGCUUGAGAGUAGGGCCUCAUCGUGGUUCCUACCCAACAUCGACCACACGACGGGAGCCGUAAGAGGUUAUGCUCCUGACCUUUAUAACAGUGGCGGGUCGCAGAACUACAGCUACCCUGUCUAUAAGACAGUAGCAUCUGGAGACUCAGCAGGUUUUGUAAAUGCCCUGACUUCAGAUGGACCUAGCGGCGGCCUGAGAGACAACUGCUACCUAGCUGCAGAGCCGCGUGUUAUCUACCUGCCUCCGGGAACCUAUACAUUGUCGAGCACUGCAUUUUUUUACACAGACACAGUCAUCAUUGGUGAUGCCGCUAACCCUCCAACCAUUAAAGCGGCAGCUGGCUUCAACGGUAACUAUCUUAUUGUUGCCGGCCAAGCUGAUGGUAGCGCCCGUCCUUGCGGUGGCUACUUUGGCGAAACCCAUUUCUCCAUCAUGAUCAAAAACGUCAUCUUGGACACCACGGCUAACUCAGGCAACUCUGGAUUUACUGCCAUGAGCUGGGCCCUUGCCCAGAACUGUGCUCUGGUCAAUGUCAAGAUAAACAUGCCUCAAGGGGUUCAUACUGGUCUAUCUGUCGGAUCUGGAUCCACCAUUUCGGUUUCGGAUGUCUCAUUCAGCUAUGGUAACAUUGGAUUGCACUGGAGUGGCUCUCAGCAGGGCCAAAUCAAGGGCAUGACAUUCACCGACUGCACCAACGGUAUCGUCAUUGAUGGUGGUAAUACUAUCACUAUUCUUGCACCGACUUGUAACACUGUCGGCCGUUGUAUCACUUACAACUCUGGAGAACCCUGGGUCGCUGUCAUUGAUGGAACCAGCAUUAACUCUGGUGACUUCUUCACUAGCGCUGUUCAGUAUCCCAAUUUUAUGCUCGAAAACAUUUCCAAAGACACAACCAAUAGCAAUAUGGUUACUGUUAGCGGCACAGUCAAGGUUGGCGGCUCUGCCAGCCUCGGAACUUAUGUCUACGGAAACACUUAUGGCGCAAACCCGGUCUACCAGACCAACCCGACUUCUCAGGCAGUGAGCAGACCAGCAGCGCUUGCCCCUGGCGGCAAAUAUCCUAUUGUCAACGCCCCACAAUACGCCUCCUCAACUAUUGCAGAUGUUAUCAAUCUGAAGGACUCAACUCAAAACGGUGGACACACUCUUCAAGGAGACGGAUUCACUGACGACACUGCUGCUCUCCAGGGAGCUAUUAACACCGCAGCCAGCGCAGGCAAAAUCGCUUACCUGCCAUUCGGUAUCUAUAUUGUAACCUCAACUAUCACUCUUCCCCCAGGAACUGAGUUGUACGGCGAGGGUUGGUCCACCAUCUCCGGAUCUGGCAGCGCUUUCUCCAAUGAGAGCAACCCAACCCCUGUUGUCCAGAUUGGUAGCACUCCUGGCCAGAAGGGUGUCGCCCACGUUCAGGACAUCCGUUUCACUGUCAACCAGGCUCUGCCUGGCGCUAUUCUUCUCCGCAUCAACAUGGCCGGUAACAACCCCGGUGAUGUUGGUGUCUUCAACUCUCUGAACACCAUCGGCGGCACUCGUGACACAUCACUCAGCUGCACCAGUGAAGCAAACUGCCGUGCUGCUUACCUUGGUGUUCACUUGGCUGCUGGAUCCUCAGCUUACAUCGAUAACUUUUGGUCUUGGGUUGCGGACCACGCCUCUGAUGGAAGCGGCAAGAACAUUCGAUCCGCCGUCAAGGGUGGUGUUCUCGUUGAGGCUACGGCCGGUACCUGGUUGACGGGCCUUGGAUCUGAGCACAACUGGCUCUUCCAGCUUGGUUUCCACAAUGCUGCCAAUGUUCUCAUCACCCUCUUCCAGAGUGAAACUAACUAUAACCAGGGCAACAACGCCGUUGUUCUUCCUGGACAGCCCUUCACUGCUACUGCUUCGGACCCCAACUUCUCGUGGUGCGGCGGUAGUGACUCCACUUGCCGCAUGGGCCUUGCCCAGUGGUAUACUGGCAGCAACAGCAACAUCUUCCACUAUGGAGCUGGUAGCUGGAACUUCCAAAGCUUGACAGGGGUUUAUCAGUCACUCAUGAACUAUAUCCAAACGACGAUCAGUGGUGCCCAUCUCUUUGGUUUCACCAGUGGUCCUCAGACUGGAUUUACAAUGAGACUGCCCGACGGCAAUGAGUUUGGCAAUGGUGGAACUGACGGGUUUGGCGGAUCGUGGGGAACUUUGAUUGCGGGCAUUAACAGCCAGUCUUAGAUAGUUCUCGGUAUAGUCGGUAAAUAUUGUAUAUAACAUUAGUAAAGUAUUUAUAGAAUUGAAAGCCAAUCAAAAUCAAAU